AUGGGACAUAAUAAUGCGAGGUAUCACAAAGAAGCUUCGAUAUUUCUUGCCGCUGCUGCUAACGCUGGUACGAAAUUGGAGCAUCUUUACCUUGAAAGAUUUAACAUGGAUAUGCUAUUUGACGCCCACCUUGGCAAGAAUGGGAUACUUCCAUAUAAGCCGGAUCCUCGAUACCUUCGCCAUCUACAUCUCCGGGUAAUGAGGACUCCUACUUCCAACGCUAAUCGCGGAUUCAAACAACUGCUGCAAGCUACAUCCAAUCUCGAACAUCUCACCAUCUCAAAACAAUGGAAUAGCACGCAAUCGAAGAAACUGCCGAAAAUAGACUGGGACAAAAUCAUAGUGGGUCUAACAAUGCCGCAUUUGAAAAGCGUUGAUUUUUCAUCUUUGGGGGGCAGUAAAUCAUCGCUUACUGAGUUUCUUCAAAGACAUGUCAGAACUUUAAGAAGUCUAGAGCUCCGACUUUUUAUUUUAAAAGAACCUAUUAAGGACUGGGGAGAAGUUCUUGAUGGAAUAAGGAGUGAUUUGACCUUUAGGGAAGUGGGCUUGUCCUAUUUGAGAAGUCUUUUGCCCGAAGACCAGAGUAAUUUUGACAGAACUGCCGAGAUGAAACACAUUUACCAUGGCAAUACCUUUCACUUACUACUCGAAGAUCGUCUUAUGCACAAGAACCUCCUCGCUAAAGAAUCUUCUCUCGUACCCAGCGAACUAUGGCAGAACUAUAUUCUCUAUCUGACAACACAGAAACGAAAGGCAGAGGCGAGGCAGGCAGAACUUGAGUCACAAGGUCUUACGUGGGACUAUGAGAAUGACGAUGAGAUGCGGCUCUAUGCUUUUAUCAAAUAG